UCCAAUGUCAAUGUCAAGUCUGACACUGAAAUUUUUCUUCCCUCCCUCGCCCCUCCGAAAAUUCUCUUUCCGUAGAUGUCAACCAUGGCGGCCGGGGUACUUUACACUUAUCCGGAAAACUUCCGUGCCUACAAGGCGUUGAUCGCCGCACAGUAUUCCGGAGCCGACGUUAAAGUUGCUCCAAACUUUGUGUUCGGAGAGACGAACAAGUCAGAUGGUUUCCUGAAGAAGUUUCCGGCCGGUAAAGUUCCUGCGUAUGAAAGCGCUGAUGGGAAAGUGUUCCUCACCGAGAGCAAUGCCAUCGCCUACUACGUGGCCAAUGAAGCCCUCCGUGGGUCAGACCUGAAAACACAAGCUCAAGUAUACCAAUGGGCAUCAUGGGCUGACAGUGAGGUGCUCCCCGCCUCCUGUGCCUGGGUAUUCCCUUACCUUGGCAUCAUGCAGUUCAAUAAAGUGAAUGUGGAGCGUGCAAAGCGUGAUCUCUUAGCUGCCCUUAAGCUCCUGGACAGCCACCUGCUCACUCGCACCUUCCUUGUCACUGAGCGUGUCACCCUGGCCGACAUCAUUGUGUUCUGCACACUUAUUCACUCCUUCCAGCAUGUGUUGGAGCCGAGCCUACGCGCCCCCCUCGUGAACGUGCAGCGCUGGUUCGUGACGCUCGCCAACCAGCCGCAGGUGCAGCGCGUGGUGGGCGCGCUCGCGCUCUGCGCCGCCGCGCCGGUGUACGACCCCAAGAAGUACCAGGAGCUCACCAAGGACAAGAAGCCAGAGGGAGGCAAAAAGGAAAAGAAGGAAAAGAAAGAACAGCCCAAGAAGGAGAAGGAAGUGAAAGAGCCUGAACCUGCUGAUGAUCUAGAGGAGAAACCCAAAGAGUCAAAGGACCCCUUCGACUCCAUGCCCAAGGGAACAUUUAACAUGGACGACUUCAAGCGGUGCUACUCAAAUGAGGAUGAGUCGGUGUCGGUCCCGUAUUUCUGGGAGAAGUUUGACCCCGAGAACUACUCCAUCUGGUACUCGGAGUACAAGUACCCCGAGGAGCUGUCCAAGGUGUUCAUGAGCUGUAACCUCAUCACUGGCAUGUUCCAGCGGCUGGACAAGAUGCGCAAGCAGGCCUUCGCGUCCGUGUGCCUGUUCGGCUCCGACGACGACUCCACCAUCUCGGGCGUGUGGGUGUGGCGCGGCCACGAGCUCGCCUUCCCGCUCUCGCCCGACUGGCAGAUCGACUACGAGUCGUACGACUGGAAGAAGCUGGACCCGGCCAGCGAGGAGACCAAGAAGCUGGUGCAGAACUACUUCUCGUGGACCGGCACCGACGCCAAAGGCCGCAAGUUCAACCAGGGGAAGAUCUUCAAGUGAACACCCCCAGCGCCCCCAACACCCCCACACACCCCCAGAGAUGACUGCACACGACGCUUUUGUAUACUUUUAUACGGUUUUAUAGUGAGCCACGCGUGUAUGAUCCAUUAACAGCGAAAAUUCUACUCAUUUUGUUUGUAUGAAGUGAUUUGAUCACUGAAUUGAAUUAAAUAUAGUACAAGUGUCUCGGCUCCUGAUUGCCUUCCGACAGUAUCUGCUAUUGUAUUGGUGGGUUUUAUAAUUUAUUCGAGUAGUCAUCUUAACAUAAGUCGACAGUUUUGUAAAGUUAUUUUAAAUGAUAUUCUGCAUUUAUAUAUGUAAAACACAAUUCUCAAUUGUAUGUGAAAGCUAAGGAAUAAAAUUGUUUUCUAUUUA